CAGCACAUCAGAAACACAGCUGUACGGAUAUCCAACUCUGCGGUCAAAUAUGUCAGCUCACACCAGCGUUCUUCUUCUCAUCACUCUUUGGGCUUCUAUCGAGGAUGUACAAGUGAAAAGACAGUAGAAGCAGAGGCCACUGACAGUUGAUGUGAUGCUGUGUUUGGACACUGUCCCUGAGUGGCUCUCUGUCUUGCACUAGGUUUUGGUCUUCCGUUGAUGAAGCAGCUGGAAGUUCAGGCCGAUGACGGUGUCCCAACACAGAGAGUGAGGACCAAGCGCUGCUCCUGCAGCAGCCCACUGGAUUCUGAGUGCCACUACUUCUGCCACCUGGAUAUCAUCUGGGUCAACACACCCAGUAAGACAACAGUUUAUGGUCUGGGCAGGGCUCUGUCUCGACGCAGAAGGUCGACCGGACGCUGCACCUGUGCUGGCCCUGAUGAUCAAACCUGCAGAAACUUCUGCCAUCACAGCAGUCCUGAAAUAACAUCCACAAAAAGAUCUGGAAAGAGACAUCAACUCAAUAUGCUGAACAUCCUCAGAGCUGCAGCCAGCAGGUCAAAGAGAGCCCAGGAUUCAGCUGAUUCUGACAAAGAUGAGUCCUCUCGGAGGAUGAACACUGGCUAAACAAUGUGCCAGCUGAGGCAGAGAGAGAGAGAGAGAGAUAGAAAGAGAGUAGCGAGCACCUGAACAAAUGACACUCCUUUGAUGGGAGGACAAAGGGCUGCUGAAAGAUGGUGUCCAACGCAGGACGGCCCGAAGUGCCACAAAUAUGUCUGUUUGUACCCGGGAAAAGAGGGUGGAAAACAUGACAGGGUUCUACAAACACAUCAUGGAAACAGAUGAGGAGGAUCAGCUACUAUCCUAAUAAUAUGAGAUAGCGCUGUGCCAGUGGUCAUGUUUGACUUUGUCUGUUUAUCACCGUACGGACAGGCCAGCACUGACAUUAAAGGAUGUAAUUCUACAUCAUAGUUCGGGGAAUUUCUCACAUACAUGCUGUUAGUCAUUCUUUUGUAUAUGCAUUUAUAUCUUUUCAUUUUACAAUAUUUUGUUACAUGUGACUUUGGGGGGAAAUGUUGGGGGGAAAAUUAUGUAGAAUACUAAACUUAGUAUGUGGAAAUUAGUUGAAUUGAAUCAAACCUGUAUCAUUCAUAAAAUCUGUAUAAACAGUAUGUUUGAGAUACAUACAAAUAACUAAAUGUA